GGAAAGUCUCUGUUUCAGACGAAAGGAAUCAAUUUUUGUAAUGGACGCAUUGGGUGGUUGCGGCGGCGCUAACGGUUUCUGGGGAUGGAACGGCUUCAAUCAACGGAGGAAGAAGAAGAACAACUCUUCCGGCGAUAGACGCAAUCAAAGGAACUCUGGAUCUUCCGAUUCCGUCGACGUGAGCAGAGACUCCAGUGGCUAUCGUUUUCCGUUAAAGCAAGCUGUGACGGCCGGUGCGCUCACUUUCACCGGUGACACGAUUGCUCAGUUGUCUGGGAGGUGGAAGAAGAGAGCCGCCGCUCUUAAACAAUCGUCUUCUGAUAAACCAGACGAGGAGGAACUGUGGAACAUUUUCUCAGAACAUGACUGGGUUCGUGCACUGAGGAUGAGUAGUUAUGGGUUUCUCUUGUACGGUCCUGGUUCUUAUGCAUGGUAUCAGUACCUUGACCGUUCUUUGCCAAAACCAACCGCGACCAAUAUUGUGCUUAAGGUUGUGCUUAACCAAGUGAUCCUCGGUCCAUCUGUGAUCGCUGUUAUAUUCGCUUGGAACAACUUGUGGCUGGGAAAGAUCUCUGAGCUUGGAAACAAGUAUCAGAAAGAUGCUCUUCCAACGCUCCUUUAUGGGUUGCGCUUCUGGGUUCCUGUUAGCAUACUUAACUUUUGGGUAGUGCCGCUUCAAGCUCGUGUAGCUUUCAUGUCAAUGGGUUCUGUGUUUUGGAACUUCUACUUGUCUUCAACUUUGAGCAAUUAGAUAGAUACCACAAAUAUUCAUCUUCAGCCUCACGGACUGAUGAUAAUAUCAGAGUUUCCAAUGCUUAAAUGGCAGGUGAAGCAGGAACUCUUCAAGAAGCCCUUUAAAACAUCUAUCAAGUUUCUCUUACGUGUUUCUAUGGUUUUCUAGAGAAAUACAGUAAAAUAUAUUGGGAAUCAAUUAUCUCUUUUGUAGUAAUUAUUGCUUAUUUUGAAGAAAAAAUAUCUAAAUAAUACUGUUAUUGAAGGAUAAUUAAGCAUUUGUUAGAUUUAUGUAUUUUUAAUAGAUCA